UCACGGACUGUGAAUUGUUCUUUUCGGAUUUGCGACUGGUCAGUCAGUGAGCGGUUGUGUUGUGCGCCAUGUCGUCCCGCGGUGCUGGACGCAGCAAGAACGCCACCAACCAGGCAAUGGAAGCGGCGGUGCGGGAGAAAACGGGUCGACACAACACCAACAAGAAGAGGAAGGCCGUCCAAGGCGGGCCCUCGGGUGCAGGAAGCGUCGCAGACGACGAAUGGGUGGGGGAGGAGGUUACGCCGCAGGAGGAGAGGGACUCCGAGGAGGAGGAGGAAGCGCCGUUGAAGAGGAGGACGCUGAGGCGGACGGGGGGAGGCAUCCGAAUCAAAGAGAGAAGAAUUGAAGCGCAUGCAGAAAGACGACGUGGAGGAGGCCGCGCAGGAGUCGACGACGUUGCCAAUGUGGAAGCCGCGGCAGCAUCGAGGGAGGGUUUGGUAGUUGGCGUCGUGCAGCCGCAUCGCGUGCCCGUUCCACGGGGGCGCUGUGGGGGGGGUUCACAUGCGGGGGAUGCCGCGAGGGCAGAGGAAGUCGACGGGGAGGGGGAGGACGAUGAAGCGUUGGUGAACAAGCCUCUGGUCGUUCGUCGAAGCAUCGUCUUGCCUUGUACCACCAUCCCGCAGCAGAAAAUCGAGGAUCAAACGGAGUUGAACGCUGCGAAGGAGAGGGCAUUCAAGGUGCAGACCAUCGCUUUGCGGGUGAUCCACGGGUGGGUCUUCAAGUCGACGACCAUGCAACGGGGGUACCACGCUGCGUACGGGUACGAGUUGAACCACGAGGCCACUGACAUCGCUCGCGCCAUGUGGAUGGGGGAGGACUGGCGUAUAUGUGUGAGCCCCAUGGUGUUCCACAUUAAGCUGGACAUGGAUAUGAAGUUGCCAAUGUGGUUCGUCGGGACCGACAUUGAAGACAAGCACGAGAACGACGACUCAACGGCGAACCAGGCAGAGAAAUGCACAGGCGUUCGCCAGGAGAAACCCGAGGAAUUCAAGGAAAUGUACGAUCGCAUGGGGCAACCUAGUUCGCGUGAUGUGCCUUACAACAACGAAAAAGUUGAAGCAGGUUGCCAAAUCGCCAACCCUUCUUGUUUCAGUGUUCCACCGAAGGAGUUCUUCCCCAGAGGUUGGUGGGACGAACUCACUUGCAAGUACGAUUGGCGAAAGGAACAGUCAUGGCCCAGCAAACUGGCGCAAGCACUCAUCGCCACGUUGAAGCCCGAGAUCCUGGAUGCGAUGAAGAGGCUGGUUGGAACAGGGAACUUUCCGAAUUUUUUUUGCAUGAUCGGAUUUAGCGACAUAGCCAAUCUUGUACGGGUGUGGGAUCAGGGGAAGGAUGCCUUUGUCGCCGUACUCCUAGACACUGCCGAUGGGUUAGAAAGAAAGAAGAUAGAUUACGAAAGAGAGUGCGUGGAACUACCUGCUAGGACCGCGAAGGUUGAGCAAACGUUCCUUAUGAUCUGGGGACUCAAUCACUCACACCUGCAAGGGCAGGCAGCCGAAACUCCGACGGUCGGAUGCACCAUCACCAGUGCUCUCGCCCUGGACGAUGCGGAGAUGGCAGAAAUGAACGCUGCCAUCACCGCAGGAACUGCCUCUGCCAGCCACAGCCCAGAGAAAGCCUCCUCCUCGCAAGGAUGGCAGUACACUGCUUUCGCACCACUACCCUCCUUGCAUUGGGUCGAGCACACUGGUUUCAGAUUCAGGCAGGCACUCUAGAAACUCGACAUUUUCAAUCACCUUUCACCUUUUUCCAUGAAAGCCCUUAUUUUCCUCGCCAACCUGACCGAGGAAGAGGUUGCCACGUGUCAAGCUAAUGCGAUG